AUGAGCACUAGAGGUACUCGUGGAAGGGGUACAAGAGGCCGCGGCGGAAGCCGUAGAGGUGCUCGAGCUGGGUCUUCGUCAUCUGGCUACAUGCCUAAUGUUGAGGUUAGAGAGACACUGACUUCACUUGCAAUUGAGGCUGGGCCUCAUGAUUGUGCAGCUGGGAAUGGCGUACUAUCCCAAGCUAUGUUACGGAUUUUUGAAGGGGUCGCUGGGCCCAAUACUGGUGUUGUGGGCCAUGGGUCGAUUAUGGAACGACUCUGGUCAAAUGGAGAUGAGAUUUUUAGUGAGAGGAUCAUGGACGAUCUCGACUACAGCCUUAAGCAAAAACUAAAGGGUGCAGUGUCACUGCUGCGAGAUGAGGCCUACCAGUGGUGGCUUACGGUUAAAGAGGGCACUCAUCCUGAUCGAUUGACCUUGGAAUUUUUCAAGACUACGCUCCAAAGUAAAUAUGUGGGUGCUAGCUAUAUGGACGCUCGGAGGAGAGAGUUUCUGAAUUUGACUCAGGGGGAUAGAUCAGUGACUAAAUAUGAGGCUAAAUUUUUGCGGUUAAGCCGCUAUGCGCGAGGGAUGGUAGCAACUGAGGACGAGCGGUGUGUUCGUUUCAAGGAUGGCCUCAGGGAUAGUCUUCGGGUUUUAAUAGCUCCACAGAGGGAGCGAGAUUUUUUUGUUUUGGUUGAUAAGGCGAAGAUCACCGAGGAGAUAAAGUGUGCUAAGCGUCAAAACCGUGAGAAGGAGAGAGGUAGGAACAACAGGGAUUCAGAGACCUCAAAUUCCUUUCUGAGGGCUAAAAAAAAGGCCAGAGUUGAUGGACCAAUCAGAGUUGGGGUCUCUGUUGCUACUACUGGAAUGUAG